AUGCAUCGCCAGUCGCGCAUCUACGCUUCUCGGCACGGCCCGCACGACAUGAUGGCCACCGCCGUCGGUGGGCACUCAGACACUUCCAAGCUGCAGCAAGCUGGACUCGGCGACGACAGCAUGCUCAGCUUCAUCUCUGCGGCUCUCGAGAGCCUUCUCGAGGACGUUGACAUCGAUUACCCGGUCGUCACUCGGCGGUGGAGCUUUGCGAUUGCCGGCAAACAAGCCAACGACACGAUGCCCCUUCACCAAGCCUUCGAGAUCUGGGCAUGGCCCGAGUCGGCGAGCAAGGACGCGCUCCUGCCGUUCCACCGCAAGCCGGGCGCGGGCCACUUGACCCGCUUUUGGAAACUAGUCGCCGACGGGCCGACCGCGGUCCUCGCGCCCGCCGACCGCGUCCACGCCAGCGGCACGACCGUACACGCCGCGCUGUGGCGCAUGUACGGCGCCGACGAGGGCUCUACUGGCUUCGUGCCCGAGCUCGAGAAGGCACGUGCGGGAGUCGAGGGCAAAAAGGCGGCGUUCAGGUGGUUCUGGUUCGACCGGCGGAAGGCGCCCGGCGCGGCGGGUGUGCUCGCCCCGCUCACCGAGCUGCAGAUGCGGCACGAGUUGACGGCCGUCUUCCCCGAGAACAUCGAGCUCGUCGGGGGCGAACCUGGUCGCUCUCUGUACCCGCUCGUCGACGACUGCCUCGUCGCCGUCUUCUUUGAGCGAAAGCCUUCGCACAUCCCCUGACGUAGCUCGUCCAGUCUGCAACGUCGAGGUCGUCUGGGUUCGUC